CCACCCAUUCAUAUCAGAUCAGAUCCGAGUCUGUGCACGGAAGCCCCGCAGUUUGAUCUCAUCCGCGGAAUAACCGUGUUUCUGACACCCGUGAGCACCGGGCGCGGCUCCUCCGCGGUGUGACGUCAUGCUCCGGUGGACCGGUCACCUGCGGCUCUGAGUUAUCGAUGAUGAAGAUGGAGGAGUUGCCGGACUUCAGGGAUGUGGAGAAUAAACUGGGCCGCAAAGUUCCGGAGAGUCUGACCCGCUCGUGCACGGGCGAAGCUGCGAUCCGAUGCUCGGAAACACACGCGCGCGCGGAUGAUCUUCACACACUCAACAACAAGAUCCGGUUCCUCAGACAGCAGAUGGCUCAUCUCCGCUCUGUAGAUGUUAAACUGAUGCAUCAGCUGCUGUCAAUCAACGAGGGGGUGGAGUCGAUGCGCUGGCUAAUGGAGGAGCGAGGGGGUGUGGCCAGCCGGGACGGCAGCUUGACGGGCAGCUCCUUCAGCCUAUCAGACAGCCAGUCCCAGCACGACAGCGACGGAUUGGACGGGAUCUCGGUGGGCAGUUACCUGGACACGCUGGGAGAGGACGAUCCCGACGGAUCCGUCACCGAGGAGGAGACGUUUACCAAAUCUGCCCUGCGCCCUCGUGUGGAGAGUGACGAGUACUACUGCUUCAGAUAACCUAAACUCUAAACUCGAAAGGGGGCAGAGCAUCAGCUCAUUUGCAUUAAAAGUGACGGGCACAAAAACGGAGCGUUUUCCUUCACACA